GCAGCCUACCCUAGGCACUUACGGCACAGAGGAAUUGAUGACCUAGGCCAACUUCAGCCAUAGCCAACUCGGCCCAGCCCCAUUCAACGUCAUCCUAUUCCCUUCAUUACCUUGCCUAGGUACUAACCUUACUUCCACCGCCGACCGCGACAUCCCAUCUUCACCUGGGCUUCUUCUCAUACUCUGCUUAUUUCUACUCCACGACCAGGAACAAUAGGCCUGGAUGUAGUCAGCUUCAGCGCAUGAACCAUCGUAUUGUAUCGCUUCAAUCGACCCAUGCUUGCCCCUCCCCCGCUAGCUACGAUCUACCUUGCGCUUGAAGCUCUCAUCCUUCACCCGCAGCCUACCAGCUCCUGUCCAGGCUCCCGGCUUAAACGCGCGAAAUAGACCACCUUGGGUUGUAUUGAAUACCUCUUUCCGCAACACCUGUCGCGAUUGCCCUCGACAAGUCGUCAGAAUGUGGAAUGACGAGGACAAUAACCCGUACGGCACCAGCUUUGACAGGCGGGACUCACAGUCAUCGUCUGUCAACCCGACGUCCCCGUCAACUCGUAAUUAUCAAUCGUUCGAGCCACCUCAAACACCAACCUCCGGUAGCGAUGAUGAGCAUGGCCAGUUUGGCCACGGCGGUGGUAACGACGAUGGAGACUCGGCGCAAGAUACCGGCCCCAAGCGCAAGCCCGGUGGUUACGACAGUCGCAUCGAGCAGAUCCUCUACGAGAACCCUAAAUUAUCUAUCCUCAUCACGGAUGCUGGCAAGAGUCUAGAGAGCGGCGGCAGAUAUAUCGUGUACACUAUUAAGACUGGCGAUCUUGAAGUGCGCCGCCGAUAUUCAGAGUUCGCUUCUCUGCGCGAUGCCCUUACUCGCCUUCACCCUACCUUAAUUGUUCCUCCCAUCCCUGAGAAGCACACGAUGGCUGAUUAUGCCGCGAACCCUACGAAUGCGAAGCAGGACCAGCAAAUCAUUGAUCUCCGAAAGCGCAUGUUGGCAGUCUUUUUAAAUCGCUGCCGCCGAAUGGACGAAAUCCGAACAGAUGGAGUUUGGUGGCGAUUCCUGGACCCUAAUGCCAGCUGGAGCGAGGUCUUGCAUUCUCAUCCCGUGUCGUCAAUUCCCAAGUCGAUCUUGAAAGCGCCUCCGCUGGACCCCGCAAAUCCAACUCCCGCGCACAGCUACUUGCCAAUCCCGGCAGCAUCGGCAAAGCUCAAGACGGUGGCUGGUACCAAUCACGACAAUAGCUCAGGCCACAUACAAGCAGGGCCUCACGCCUUUGGCCGGUUUCCACCUGAGGGUCACAAUCUGGGUGAACAGGAGCUGGACCCUUAUUUCAUCUCAUACGAAUCUUCGAUCAAGGAACUCGAACAGCUUCUUACUGGCCCAAUGGAAAAGGUGAACAGACGAACUCUCAGUCAUCUCUCCUCAUUGGCGGCCGAUCUUUGUGAGCUAGGAUCCGUCUACAACGCCUUUGCGGUUUCAGAGCAGGCGCCGUCACUCGGACCGGCCAUUGAGCGAAUAGGCCAGGCAGCUGAUCUAUCAUAUAUCGCCACAGAGGAGCUCUCAGGCUCUCUGGGUGCUAGCUUUGCCGAACCCAUGCGUGAGCAUGCGCAAUUUGCGGGUGUUGUUCGAAGUGUACUAAAGUAUCGUGUGCUCAAGCGUGUGCAGCAAGACUUGACUAGCGAAGAGCUGAACAAGAAGCGAGCGCUGCUCGACCAACUAGAGCAGAGUGAGGCCGAGGCUCGAAGAAUUGAGAAUUACCUCUCCAGCAGUCAGCAAAUAUCACCACCGCCAAAGCGAUCGACGAGCCUUAAGGAGCCGUCCUCUCAUCAACGGCGUGAUGGUGGCCAGGACGACACCGAGUCCAUCGACUCUGACUUUCCUGGGACCCACGGGGAAUUUUCCUCGCACACACCUUCAGCCAGUCAGGGGUUACCAGAAAGGAGUACCAGUGCGCCGUCUCAUAAGAAGAUGCCCAGUGGGAACUCGAUAACGAACAAGAUUUUUGGACCCAUCCGACAUGCAGUACAAGGGGUCGUUGACGUCGAUCCAGAGAGAACACGCCGCGAUUUGAUCGGAAAGACGAGAGAGAGCAUCGGUCAGUUAGAACAAGCUCAAGUUGUCUCGGAGCGCGAUGUCAAAGAAGCCAGCACGAGUGUUCUAAAGGAUAUGAAGCGAUUCCAAAAGGACAAGGAGGACGACUUGCGACGCUACAUGCUCGCUUAUGCUCAGAGUCAGAUCGAGUGGGCCAAGAAAAGUAAGCAACAAUGGGAGGAAGCUCGAGCAGAGGUAGAGAAGAUUGACGAGUCCUAAACAUGUUGUACUCUGUUGUUUUGUGUGCCUGAUGGUUCGAAAGCCGUAGAUGAUAAGAGGAGAGGAAUAAUAUUCCCAUAUAAUUCAUUGACUUCUUCUCUGCUGUGGUCUCUGCACUGACACCUAUAUUAUAAUUUAUCGUGAAGUUGCGCAAUUCUGCGA